AUGGAUGGUCUUGCACUGAGCGAUGCGCCAUGGGAUAGGCUAGUAUGUACCGACGUCUCGAAUCCACUUUUUUUUUCUUUUUUUUGGAUUCCAUUUGAAAGCUAACACUCCGUGUUCUAGGAUCAUGCGUUAGCCACCAGCGCCCUUUCCAAAAUCUCAACGGCUUUAGAAUGCUCGAUAUGUUCCGAUAUAAUGAUUAUCCCAGUGACGAGUGAAUGCGGCCAUACAUACUGCUAUGGAUGCAUAAACCAGUGGUUCAAGAACAAGGUCAACUGCCCCACAUGCCGGCAUCGAGUCGAGAUGAAGCCCGCAUUGAACUUGAAACUCAAUGAAAUAUGCAAGACGAUAAUUGAUCUAUCUGUGGAGAACACGACUGACCCCGCGAACCUGCUAGCGGCUCGAACAGCGGAGUAUAUCCUGGAAUAUACCAAGCACGCGCAAACAAAGAAACUAUACGGGGGGAUAUUUGAAAACACGACGCUGACGUUGAUUGACACGUCGGACGGCGUUCCCAGGUGCGGCCAUUGCCAUUGGGAAGCUCACGGGUCGGUGUGCUUGCAUUGUGGACGAAGGUUCCGAAUACCGCAGGAUAGUGACGGCGAAGGCGAAGACGAGGAUGAAUAUUAUGAAGAUGUUCGCACGAGCCGUGGUGUCGAGGCUUCGCUGGAUGCAUAUGACUCCGAUGAUAGCUUUAUUGAUACUCGCACCGCUGAGGAAAUCUUGCGCGAAUCCGAUCGUCGUCACCGCACCAGCGGCCGGGGCCGAGGCCGAGGAAGUGGUAGUGGUAGUGGUAGCGGUAGCGGUACUGGUAACAAUAGGAAUGCUGGCGGUGGCGGAGUUGGUGACAGCUCGUUUGAAGUUGAUGUCGAUCUGGGCGACGAUGAAGAGAUGGCGAGGAUCGACGUUCUUUCAUCCGACGAGGACGCUGCGCGAGCUAGAUUCUCCCCUGCUGAAGACUGGAGUGGCUUUGAAAGUGCAUCUUCUAGCAACAGUCACUUGGUUAGAGACUACGUGCGACUGCACGCGGUCCGAUUAAGCGAAGAUGAAGACGACGAUGAACAAGACGAGGGCAAUCCACGACAACCCGCGCGUGACACUGGACUUAUCGCGAGACUACGCAUGAGAAUGAGCUCGGAUAAUGAGGACGACUUGGAUGAGGUGGAUGAGGUGGACGAUGAAGAUGACGACGAUGCAGAUGAUGAUGACGACGACGAAGAUGCAGAUGGUGAUGGCGAUGACGACGAGGAUGACGUGAGUAUCCACUUGCCCGCAUACGACGACCAAUCAGCUGGUUACGAUUCCGAAUCAUUGAGCGACGCACUAGCUGAGUUCCAUGACGGUAGAAAUGUCGAUUUACAAGAGGCGAGCCACGACGAAACUUAUGAUGACAGUGAAGGGGAAAUGCACUACUAUGAUAGCGAUUGGGGUCCUAGACGAGCUAGAAGUGACUCUGCAAGCUUUGUUGCUCCGGAGUACCAUCCUCGUGGCAAUCAUGGCGGUGCUAGUGACUACGAAGAAGGUCUUGAUGAACAAUCUUUCUAUGAGUCGGAGAAUGAAGCUUGGUGA